UGGUGUCCCGGGCCAUGCACCACCUGCAGCCGCUGCACAUCAAAAACCCCAGCAACGGCACUCCGGUCCACCAGAAGACCAACAGCACCGUGCACUGGGAGCCCGAGGCGCUCUACACCCUGUGUUACUUCAUGCACUGCCCACAGAUGGAAUGGGAGAACCCGAACGUGGAGCCCUCCAAGGUCACACUGCAGACUGAGAGGCCGUUCCUGGUGCUGCCUCCGCUGAUGGAGUGGAUCCGGGUGGCGGUCGCCCACACGGAGCACCGGCGAAGCUUCUCCGUGGACAGCGACGACGUGAGGCAGGCCGCCAGGCUGCUGCUCCCCGGCGUGGACUGUGAACCACGACAGAUAAAAGCGGAGGAUUGUUUCUGUGCCACCAGGAAGUUGGACGCAGCCUCCACCGAGGCCAAGUUCCUGCAGGACCUGGGCUUCAGGAUGCUCAACUGCGGGCGGACGGACCUGGUCAAGCAGGCGGUGAACCUGCUGGGGCCUGAUGGCAUAAACAGCAUGAGCGAACAGGGGAUGACCCCUCUCAUGUACGCCUGCGUCCGUGGCGACGAGGCCAUGGUCCAGAUGUUGCUCGACGCCGGCGCCGACAUCAACAGCGAGCUCAUUACAUGAAGUGCACUGAUAAGCAAUAAACCGGGAUCAUUUGCACGGUAA